UGAAGCAGCACGUACGGAGAAACACGCUGCUGGUUGAACUUUGGUGACUUGAAAAUUUACAAAAUCCAGCGUUUUAGCAGGCUCUGUUGCCCCACCCUUUAGUCGUUGGUUCUAUAAUCAUAUUUGGAUCUCUAGUACGUGCGUAAAUAAGUCAAUAAACGCAACCCUUUACUGAAUGCGACUGAGGAGUGUUAUCCUUGCCAUACGGACCAGAGUUUAAUACCGUUUGUGAAAGUGAUAAAUGAAUCAAUCGCCACAUUGGAACUGUGCGACUAUGUGUUAUAUCCUGAUAAACGUAAUCGAAAAAAAAGUUAGAUAUCACUAACCUCAGAGAACGGGUAUUGAAUGAUGCCAGUGGCGACUGGUCCUCUCCAAACAAGGAAAACUAGGUCGCGCCUGUAACUGGAUUCUUCUCUCUGUGGCUGCUGGUUUCGGGAGGGCAGCAUCCUGCCAUUCAUUUUUGCUGAAGGCGAUGAAGAUGGUGCGUGUGUGAAUGGCUUGUUGGCUGAUGUGACGAUUUUUGUUCCUGGUGUUGCUAUAUAUAGCGCGAAGUGUACAUUGUGUGAGUUUUGCAACAUUGACGGUACAUGACAUCGCGAAGACUCCCUGCUGGAAUGCUCUGGAGUUACUGUUGUAGAGUAGCAUAUUGAUGGAAACAUACUCGGCAUUGGUGACCUGGAAAAAUUGCGUGGAAACUAGUGCAUGGUGUGUCUAGUCUAGGCAAUGUAGGCAAUGGAAAAUGUAGAAGAUCGUGCAAGAGGAACGAGAUAGUACUAGAAUUGUGUGUCUUCAACCAUACAUGAAGGAAAAAAAUGGGCGUAACAAAAGCAAACUGCAAUUGAAGAAUCGAACUGAUUGAUGAGCCACACCCUUCGAAACGAACGAAACGAAACUGAGCUAUCGGACGCGCGCGGCUUCAGUGUCUGUUGUACGUCAUCACAUCAUCUACACUAGCCAGCAUCAGCCACCAGAAGAUACGCGGAUUCGAGCUGCGAAGCAGCUGCAAGUGGAGAGAAAAUUGUUGAUUUGUUGAAAUAAUUGUUUAUAUUUAUAAGCCAGCGAAGCGUUGAAUGUGCGUUGUAUGCGAAGAUAUAUGGCGUGAAAUUAGUCAAUGAGUAUAUAGUUCAUGCGCGUGUUAGAGAGUUCAUUGUAUAUUUUAACCCGUUUUCACCAGAUGAAGAUCGAAUUACGAGUUCAAUAGUACCCGGUUGCGGUUGUCUGAGUUCUGUUCUGAGUGGGCCGAGCAAUAAUCAAUGUGAAGUGCGCGGCUGCAGUCGCUGAAGGCAAUGAAGGGCGGGCAUCAGUGUAAUAGCAAAAGCAGAAAGCAGCCGUAGUUGGCAGUGAAUAAAGCAAUGCCGAUUGCCGGCAAACAUCGGGAGGAAAGCAAAGCAUGUAGGCCAGAUGUGAUCAGCCGGUUUGGUUGUUAGUUAAUUCAUCAGUAGUGGAGUGGCGCUGCGAUGCGCAUUUGUUGAUUUACUUUGGGUUUACGUUAUCCGUUUUAGUCAUAUUUGAUUCCACUCUGUGAAUAUUUGUAUUUGUGUAAGAGUAACGAAAAAAAGAAGAUCAAACAUCCCAAAGAAAAAGCAUAACAUCUACAUAACCAGUGCCAAAUUUGUCAGGCGAAGAUAUACAGAAAAAGCGUCACAUUUGCAAUACUCAACAAAUCAUCAUGUCACUCGAUUCGAUGGGACCUUCGUCCGGAGUAGGAGGUGGUAGCACUGGUGGUGUGGGUACACUAUCCGGUACAAGGAUGAUCCAUUCGCUAAGCACACCGUCCGGUGUGGACGGAAGUAUUUCGGCGUCACACACCCGAGGCGGCAAGAAGCUGGCCGUUCGUAUCCAGAUGCUCGACGAUACCGUCACUAUGUUUCAAGUUCAGGCAAAAGCACUAGGGAAGGUAUUGUUCGAACAAGUCUGCCGACAGUUGAACCUGCUAGAGGCGGACUACUUCGGUUUGGAGUACCAGGAGGCACCGUCCGGCACAAAGUACUGGCUGGAUCUGGAGAAACCGCUAAACCGACAGGUCGGCCUUUCGCUUAUCGAACCGAUGCUACGGUUUUGCGUUAAAUUCUACACCCCAGAUCCGCUGCAACUAGAAGAGGAGUACACCCGGUACCUGUUCUGUUUGCAAGUCAAGCGGGAUCUGGCCACCGGCAGUCUGCAGUGCAAUGACAACACCGCUGCACUAAUGGCCAGUUAUAUAGUACAAGCCUCCUGUGGUGAUUAUGCCCCAGAAGAUUACCCGGAUCAUACGUAUUUGUCUUCGUACCGAUUUGUGCCACAACAGGAUCACACCAUGCAGCGAAGGAUUAUGGAGAACCAUAAAAAGCACAUAGGACAAUCACCGGCGGAAGCGGAUCUCAACCUGCUGGAAACGGCCCGACGCUGUGAGCUGUAUGGAAUGAAAAUGCACCCGGCCAAAGACCACGAGGGCGUUCCGCUCAAUUUGGCCGUCGCUCACAUGGGCAUCGCCGUCUUCCAGGGUAUCACUCGAAUAAACACCUUCUCGUGGGCGAAAAUCCGCAAAAUAUCGUUCAAGCGAAAAAAGUUUCUCAUCAAACUGCACCCGGAGAACUACAUGUACCAUAAAGAUACGGUGGAGUUCUUCUUCGAGGGCCGGAACGAGUGCAAAAACUUCUGGAAGAAGUGCGUUGAGAACCAUGGGUUCUUCCGAUGUUCUGCCGUUCAGAACGUGCAGAGGCGGAAAGCGCGGGUAUUGUCUCGGGGUAGUUCAUUUAGGUAUAGCGGCAAAACACAGAAACAAAUCAUCGAAUUCGUUCGUGGAAACUACGUAAAGCGGCAAACAUUUCAAAGGUCUCAGUCUUUCCGUCAGGGUCCUCUACAUUCAAGUAACCGAAGUCAAUCACGCACUUCAUGUAAUGUGAAUCAAAGCAUCUCGGCUCAUCCUUUACUUCCAAUCGAAACCGCGGAAUGGGAGCGUCGCAGUCAGAACAACGCCUUGAGGACGCCUUCUCUGAUGAGGAAACCAGUGGAUAUGGGGGAGGAUCACCGACCCGGCAGUCCUACCGGACUGGGCAAUCGUUCUCAGCUCACGGAAGCCCAGGUGGAGACCUAUCCGACGAGGACCUAUGCCCAAAUGGGCCCAUCGGCGGGAGCAAUGGGUUCAUCCUCGGCGGUGGACCAUCCUCAGGUGGGCCACCUCCAGCAGGAUUCGAGCCGCUCGGCGUCCCCGGGGGGCACCUGGAGUUCACCGUACCACCCCAGCAACAACAGCCAUGUGCGAGAAGCCGAUCGGGCUCGUGUACGUCAAGACGGUCACAAUUCCGCCGCCGACGAGUAUCACGGAAUCAACGGGAACGUUUCGUUGGACCGUCGCAGUGAGAUUGUCCAAUCGCCGAAUCGGUACGACUUGGUUCCCGGGCUGGGCGGAGGCAGCAUUUCGGAUCGAUCGAACAAUAAUUCUCUGUCGCGAACCAGCGAAGCCGGAACGUACGAUUUGAGUAGCGCCGAAGCGAGAGCACGCAACGGGUUCAACAAUAAUGGCAACGGCAAUGGGCUGCACACGGUCGAUGAGAACGUUAUCAAUAAUAACAAUAACAACAAUGUACAUCACUACCAGAAUCAACCGACAGCACCAACGCAUGCCGCCAUGAUCGGGGGUAAUGGGGUGAACGGGGGAUCCGGAACACUGAGGUCUAUCGACGAGGAGAUCAAAAAGAAGAAAUGGCCUACGGAUCGGGCGUACUUCCUCGCGAAGGAACUGCUGAUGACCGAGAGGACUUACAAAAAGGAUUUGGAUGUACUCAAUACGUGGUUCCGAGAGGAACUUACGCCUGAAGAUGUGGAGAACCUACAACCGCUGUUCCAGUACUUCGAUUCCAUGCUCGAACAUCACAGUGUCUUUCUUAGAGAUCUCGAGCACCGGAUAUUGCUGUGGGAAGGUCGUGGUGGUCAUGAGACUCACAGAAUUGGGGAUGUCAUGCUGAAAAAUAUGGUCGUGUUACCGAUCUAUGAUGAGUACGUAGAGAGCCAUCGUGAGAUUCUGCAACGGUUAAAUGAUCUCUAUGAAAACGACGAACGCUUCCAGCAGACGUACCGAGACUUUGAAUUGCAAAAAGUGUGCUAUCUUCCGAUAUGCUAUUUUGUGUUGAAACCCUUGCACCGGCUUCUCCACUAUCAGUUGCUUCUCGAGCUGCUGCUGGAGCAUUACGGUGAUGAUCAUUUCGAUUACACCGACUGCCAUGGAACGCUGAUGAUGCUAACUCGCACAACCGAGGUAGUACGCAACGAGCUGGCCUCGUCUGAAAAUUAUACACUUCUGUGUGAGAUCCAGCGGGACCUGGAUGGGUUCGAUACUCUGGUGCAGAAUGAUCGAAAACUGGUUCGCCAAGGCUGUUUGCUGAAACAUUCCAAACGAGGUCUGCAGCAGCGAAUGUUUUUCCUGUUCUCAGACAUCCUGCUGUUUGCAUUCAAAUCGCCCAUUACACAAACAUUCAAGGUGCUAGGUCACGUUCCGGUGCGGGCACUGCUGACGGAGAACGCUGAGCAUAAUGCGUUUGUGAUAUUCGGAGGGCAGCGAGCCAUUACGGUGUCGGCUGGGACGACUGCCGAGAAAACGCUGUGGUUGCAGGAGCUUACCAAAGCGGCAGCAGCCGUGCGGCAAAAACCCAACACUCAGCUACCGAUGGUAUCGGUUAAGUAUUGCACAUCAUCCGAGGAAAACCUGGAAACUUGUGGGCUGAAUAAUUCUCUAAUCAAUCCUCCAGUGAAGCCACCUUCAUCGAGGAAUAAUACGGCACUACACGUAUGUUGGCAUCGUGGCGUUACAAUUUGCUUAGAGGAUCAUCUACGAGCAGGCCAGAAUCAAAUUUCCGGUUACCUGCUGCGCAAGUUCAAAAACAGCUCCGGAUGGCAGAAGUUGUGGGUGGUGCUGACCUCGUUCUGUCUUUACUUCUACAAAAGCUAUUCGGACGACGCAGCACUGGCUAGCUUACCUCUUCUCGGUUAUACUGUAGGGCCACCGGGCAUUCAAGAUGCAGUACAGAAAGAGUAUGUCUUCAAGCUAUCGUUCAAAAACCAUACGUACUUCUUCCGGGCGGAAAGCGAGCACACUUACCAGAGGUGGUUGGAAGUGCUCCGCAGUGCAACACAAAUGCAAGACCUCAAAAUAUCCUCCGGAACAAGCAAUCAUCCCGCAAAUAAUAAUAACAACAACAAUGGUGAUGAUAGCACACCGAUUCAGUGAUACACCGCAUCACAUCUGAUCAGCAAAACGGACUUCUGGUUGGAACAAUUCAUGCACGGAGUCAAGCAGUAGCAUUCGAGUCAAUCAGUUUAUAUACACCUUAUUUUUAGAGAGUUUCAGCAGAAUCAUAAUGUACGAGUAUUGAAUGUGAGACAGCAGCUUUUAGAUUAUUAUUUUUUAUUAAAGCAAUUUAAAGGUAGAAGAAACAUAUGUUUGGCUUUCUUAAAGAAAGCAUUUAGGUCACAAACAAAAUACAAAGCUGAUCUAAUCGGCUGUUGGAGAAACACAAGCUGCACAGGAAACGGAUGCCAAUGGCCAGCCGCUAGGGUUGAAAAGAGAUUUCUGAAUCACUAGGAUCAAGGGAACAGAGCCAACUACAGAAGUGGCACAGUAGCAGCGAAAUGCAAUCGUUAACGUAGUUUUUUAGCAACUUACGUGGUUAACUACCAACCGAGCUAGCUUGUUGAAUAAAACAAAUUCUAACAUGUGUUAGUAAACAGAAAUGCCAAUCGAAUGAAACUAGGUUGAUUAUUUAUACAUUUAUACGUAUAUGAUAUCUAUUUAAAAUUGUAAUGCGUACUUUUUCGCAGUCUUUUCCAUUUUGUUCGAAAAAUAUAGCGGUAGCAGCUUGACAACACAUUGUGGCAGAAAAUUUAUAUCACUUUAUAAAUAUACAAAAGGUCUUUAUUACCUCUUACAA